CGGCUGGCGCGGAUUGGGCGGUGUUGGCGCGCGAAGGGGCGCGCGGCGGCGGGGGCCGGGAACAAUAGAGCGGAGCAGCGCGGCCCGGCCCGCCAUGGCGGACAAGGAAGCAGCCUUUGAUGAUGCGGUGGAAGAGCGCGUGAUCAACGAGGAGUAUAAGAUAUGGAAGAAGAACACCCCCUUCUUGUACGACCUGGUGAUGACGCACGCACUGGAGUGGCCCAGCCUGACUGCUCAGUGGCUUCCAGAUGUGACCAGGCCCGAGGGCAAAGAUUUCAGCAUUCACCGGUUGGUCCUGGGCACCCACACUUCAGAUGAGCAAAAUCACCUGGUGAUUGCUAGCGUGCAGCUGCCCAACGAUGAUGCACAGUUCGAUGCCUCACACUAUGACAGCGAGAAGGGAGAGUUCGGAGGCUUCGGGUCAGUUAGUGGCAAAAUUGAAAUUGAAAUCAAGAUAAACCACGAGGGAGAAGUGAAUCGAGCGCGUUACAUGCCGCAGAACCCAUGCAUCAUCGCCACGAAGACUCCAUCCAGUGACGUCCUUGUCUUUGAUUACACCAAACACCCCUCCAAACCAGACCCAUCUGGAGAGUGUAACCCUGACCUGCGCCUGCGUGGGCACCAGAAGGAAGGUUAUGGGCUGUCCUGGAACCCUAACCUGAGUGGGCAUUUGCUUAGUGCUUCUGAUGAUCAUACCAUUUGCUUAUGGGAUAUUAGUGCUGUUCCGAAAGAAGGCAAAGUGGUGGAUGCAAAGACCAUCUUCACAGGGCACACAGCAGUGGUGGAAGAUGUCUCUUGGCACCUGCUCCACGAAUCUCUGUUUGGAUCUGUUGCUGAUGACCAGAAGCUCAUGAUCUGGGAUACUCGGUCAAACAACACCUCCAAGCCUAGCCAUUCCGUGGACGCUCACACGGCUGAAGUCAACUGUCUCUCUUUCAAUCCCUAUAGCGAGUUUAUUCUGGCGACAGGCUCAGCUGAUAAGACUGUCGCUCUGUGGGACCUGAGGAACCUGAAACUGAAGUUGCACUCUUUCGAAUCUCAUAAAGAUGAGAUAUUUCAGGUUCAGUGGUCUCCCCAUAAUGAAACCAUAUUGGCCUCCAGCGGCACCGACCGCCGCCUCAACGUCUGGGACUUGAGUAAAAUUGGAGAGGAGCAAUCCCCGGAGGAUGCUGAGGAUGGACCCCCGGAGCUGCUGUUUAUUCACGGUGGUCACACUGCAAAGAUAUCUGAUUUCUCCUGGAAUCCAAAUGAACCCUGGGUAAUUUGUUCUGUAUCAGAAGACAAUAUCAUGCAAGUCUGGCAAAUGGCGGAGAACAUCUAUAAUGAUGAAGACCCUGAAGGCAGUGUGGAUCCAGAAGGCCAAGGAUCCUAGAUGACAACCUUUUCCUGUUCUUAGUCUUUCUCCUUCUCUUCCUUCUCACCCCAGAUACUGACUUAACACUGAUUUUGAGACACACGUAGGCUUUGUGUUCACCAUCCUCUGUAGAUGCCAUCGACAGGCUUCAACCCAGACUGCGAGUGCUCCCUGAGGAGAGGCUUGGCCCGGUUCAGCUAGUGCCGCGCUGCAGCUCCUCGGUCACAUUUCCUGCAGCAGCCCCUAUUUGCAGGACUGGUUGUCCUGCUUUGGCUGCCUUCAUCACACAGAGCAACCUUGGUUGUAUUGUUUUUUCCUCUUCUGUUUCUCGCUUGCUGCAGCUUUUGCCUAAUUUAAACAGCAGUUGGUUCGGCAGAGCUGCCGGCGUGUGCCUAAGUCAGCAGAGAGGACACAACUGUUCGUCCGCUGGCAGCUCGGACACGGAGUGGGGAAAGGCUUGUCCUCUUUAGGACAACUCGGGAGUCUCGGGCUUCCUUAGUUAAUCUGUACCUUGUGGAUUUUUCUGCCUCUGCGGAUGCGAAACAGAUUUGCAGGUUCUUGAACUAAAAUUAAAUUUCAUUUUCUGUUUUUUGUC